AUGUCCAAGAUCAGUCCGACCGUAUUGCAGAAUUAUGUCGCCGAAGGGGAUCAGGCCAACCUCUUCAGUACCGUCGACUUUGGUGAACUCACGAUGCUUACACGACCGCCGAUUUUCAUUCCUCGUGCCGAGACGGCGUACAUCAUGGAUCAUCUCGCAGACAUUCUGCUCGAGCACCCUGUCAUGUCAACGCUUGAGAGACCGCUCCGAAUCUUGGACUUAUGUACUGGAUCAGGAAGCCUUGCUCUCAUGUUGGCCCAUCGUCUUCGGUCCAAAGCGCAUCUCACAGCGGUAGACAUCAAUCCAGAAGCUGUCACCUUGGCAAGAGAGAAUGCAGCUUUGAACGGUCUCACAUCACAUGUUGAUUUUGUGGUCCAGGACUUUACGACCUCGGAUCUCGGGGAGGCGUCGUUCGAUCUCGUGGUCUCAAAUCCACCGUACAUCCCUCAUGGCGAAUGGGAGACAUUAUCGCCGAGUGUAAAGGACCACGAAGAUCCGCGUGCACUCAUCGGUGAUCCUCAGGAUUUCCCCGCCCAGUCUAGGGAGCAUCCAAUCUCAGAAUCAAGCGAUGGGCAAGGUCUCUACUUCUAUCGAAAGAUUGCGCAGAAGCUUCCCCUGUUCUGCAAAUCUUCCAUCCUGCGCCAAUCCCGAGGCUUGCCGCUCCUCGCGGUGGAAUGCGGGGCUACUCAGGCGGAUGAUGUCCAACACAUUUUCAAGACGCAAACCAGCGGCCUCAUCUCCUCAACCACAGUAGUCAAGGAUCAAUUCGGUCAGGAUCGCAUGGUUAUUGGCCUGACGUGA